UCGGAAUACCUGAUAUAAUGCACACGUUAUUUUCCUCCUGACAAACCAGACAUACUCAAAAUGAGUUACUGUAGUUGCAACAAGGAAUCGCUAUCAAUUCGGGAAGAAAUACAGCGCUUCCAAAGUGUUCAUCCAAGUAUCUAUGCUGUGUACGAUCUACUGGAACUCAUUACAGAUCCGCUGUUGAAAACAUACAUAGGGCAAUAUGUCGUCUGCAUUGAAGACUCUUUUGUUAACAGCCAAGAAUGGACAUUAGGCCAUACCGUACCGGAUUUAAGACUGGGAAUUGUAGGAAGUUUGAACAGUGGGAGAUCAGCAUUAGUCCAUCGGUACCUUACUGGCUCCUACUUACCAGAGGACUCUCAUGAAGGUGGUCGUUUCAAGAAGGAAGUUAUGGUAGAUGGACAUACUCACUUAUUAUUGAUUAGAGAAGAAGGGGGUCCGCCGGAAUUUCAAUUCUCUUGCUGGAUUGAUGGUGUGAUUUGCGUGUUCAGUUUGGAAAAUGAAGCCUCAUUCAAUGAUGUCUUUGAUUACUACAAAAAAAUAUGUUUGUUCCGGAACUCUCGGGACUUUCCCCUAAUAUUAGUUGGAGUUCAAGAUAUGAUUAGUGAAAGUAACCCUAAAAUCAUCAAUGAUACACAAGUUCAAAAAUUAGCAAAUGACCUCAAAUGUUGUUCUUAUUAUGAAACUUGUGCAACAUUUGGAUUGAAUGUAGAAAAGGUCUUUCAAGAUGCAUGUCAGAAAAUUGUGCAACAGAAAACUGGUACUAUAACUUCUAGCCCAUUCCAUUCUGGAGCACACAUCAGUCACCAGAGUAGAUGCAACUAUAACCUUCAAAGACCCACAUCUCUGUUAAGUAACUCCAGUAAUAAUGAAUAUGUAUGCCGGUUCAAUGCCAACAACAAAGUUUCAGGGGUAGCAACCACUUCAUCCAUUCACAAGGUCAUCUUGCAAUCCCAACAAACCAAAGUCACCAUGAAGGAACUUACUUUGAAAAAUCCAGAAUGCCCAUUUAAUAUGGAAGGUGUGACUGAUCAAAGUAUAACGAAAGACUAUUCAAGAGAUCUUCGAACGCCAAGUUCUACUUCAAUCUCAUGCCAAAAAACACUUAAAAGAUCUAAUCUCUUUAUUUUAAAAAAAGCUGAUGAGGGUAGAAAGGACAAGAUUGAAGAAGUUGGUAGUGGGAGACGUAUUCCUUUGAAACAGGGCUAUUUGUAUAAGCAUAGUAGUAAAACUCUAAAUAAAGAAUGGAAGAAAAAGUAUGUAGCUUUAACAAGUGAUGGAAGAUUAACAUAUCAUCCAAGUUUUCAUGACUACAUGGAUGAUACCCGUGGUAAAGAAAUUUACCUGGUGCAAGUCACAGUAAAAAUUCCUGGACAAAAGCCAAGAGGUUCUCAUACCCAACUUUCUUCAGAAUCAUCAUCACCCCUUCAUGUAAAUGAAUUAGCUACAGAACUUGCUAAUCUCACAGUUGGUGGGGGUAGGUUGUAUUUGCCCAACACCAAUCCUUUACUUGGAAAAUUAAAUGUUAAGAAAUGGCACCGAAGAAUGAAGAGUGAUGGACCUAGAAAUAUAGAGACCAUGGAUGAUUCUGGUGGUGGCUAUGAGUUUGUCAUAGUGUCAAUAGACAACAAACAAUGGCAGUUUGAAGCUAGUAGUGCACAAGAACGAGAAGGAUGGAUAAAGGCUAUAGAACAGCAGAUUUUAUCUAGUUUACAAAGAAUUGAAAGUACAAAAGCCAAGUCAAGGCCAAAUAUACAAGUAGAUAUUUCACUGCUGCAAGCAAUUCGAAACAAUGUGCCUGGUAAUAGUCAAUGUGUAGACUGUGAUGCACCAAGUAAUGAUAGAUGUAUAAAUAUGUGCAUCGAAUGCUCAGGAAUCCACAGAAACUUAGGUUCGCAUGUGUCUAAGGUUCGUUCCUUGGACUUGGACGAGUGGCCACCAGAACAUGUUAGUGUAAUGACAUCUCUCGGCAAUAUGCUAGUCAACAGCAUUUGGGAAGUCAGUUCAAGAUGUCAAGCAAAACCUACUCCCAAUUCAAGCCGAGAGGAGAAAGAAUAUUGGAUUCGAGCAAAGUAUGUGUUUAAGGAAUUUCUUGCACCAGUUAAUACAGCCUUGUCUCUUGGUGAACAACUCAUUGAUGCAGUUUGUAAGUCUGAUUUCAAGUCACUUGUUCUCAUCUUGGCAAGUUUAACAUCAGAUGACCAGGUUAACACAACAGUUAGUCAAUGUGAUCUCCGAACACCUCUUCAUCUUGCUGCAGCUGUAGGUAACCUGGCCGUGACUCAGCUGUUAAUAUGGCAUAAUGCCAAUGUGAGAGCUGUGGACUCAAAAGGAAGAACAGCUCUUGUAUAUGCACGAAACUCAAACUCGCAAGCCAUUCAAAAACUUCUAAUUGACAAUGGAUGUCCUGAUUUUGUAAGUGGUAUGAAUGCACUACAAUAUAGAUAAGGAAGUUUAUUUGACAACUUACUUGCAAGUAUCUUGUCUUAGCCAUAAAGAUGGAAACCAGAAAAUACUUUGAUACUCUGAUUUACUUUUCUGGAUAUAUUUUAAUAAAGGAACGUUCUCCAUAUACAUUCAAAUUCAUAUUUUAUGAACAAAACUGCAAUUAAGUGCAUAUAACUGUUAUUGUUAUAACAAAGUUCACUGUCUUUCACUAGUUUAAAUUUCAACAUGCAAUGUAAAUAUAAUAAAGAAAACUUCAGCAAUGAUGGAUCUAGAAAUUUUGUUAACGUUGCUUAGACUUUAUAUGCUAUGAAAGGAAACCCUUCAAUUCCAGACACUGAAGCAGUUACAUGCAGUAAUAUCUUAAGCAGUACAUCAUUAUUAGUCCUUGUUGUUAUAUUUUUUAACACUUUAUAACUGUCAUUUGAGUGUGUUAAGCAAAUCCUUGUGUGUUUAUAGACAUCACAAGUUCAUGUUUUAUUAAAUGGAUUUACUCAAUCUUGCAUGUGAUUAAACUUAAUGAAUAUAUAUCGGGUUCCAUGAACUGUAACAACUACAGAUGCUAAAAUUUCAAUUAUUACUUCACUCUUUAUAGUUGAUAUUUUAGCUCUCUCACUUUUCUUCAGGUGUUGUAUAGAUAAGUCUUUCCUUAUUUACAUGAGUCACAAGCUUAUAGAUGUAUAAAAGAGGGCUUAAAUUAACAUAUCCUUUUCUAUAAAAUGCCAAAAGUUAAGUGUCACAAUUUCCUGGUUAUAUAAACACUGUAAAUGUCACAAGGAAAUUUUCUUCUUACCUUCUGCACUAAAUUAUGAGACAUUGAAGAAAAGUGUUAAUAAGGUUAUUCACAAAUAGUAUUUAGUGAAGAAAGGCCAUAAACACAGUUAAUUUGUUAAGUAACAUAAUGGAUGUGAACAUAAUAAUUUGUACAGUACACUUUGCCUUUUAUUAUAUAUUAUCUAAAGUGUAUUAAAUAUAUUAAUAUCCAUAAAAAAUUUCUCAUGAAAGUUAAUAAAACUAAAUUCUUGUUCUUGAUGUUUAUAAUAUUUUUACAAUGUCUUUCAUGUUUGUGUAGAAGAUAGGUAAGUUUUAAAGUUGCACUGUCUGUUAAGGUUUAUUAGUAGAACUGUUAGCAUAAUAUUAGGACAUUUUUAUAUUGAUUUGCCCUCUUUGUACAUAGGAUAAAAUUGUGAAUAUGAGAACUUACAAUAUUAUGAAUAAGGCUACCCUUCUCAUUGUGACUACAAAGAGAUUUGAAAACAUGCAACAUUUAAACUAUUUUUUCUCAUUUAAAAUGUGUAUUAAUUGUGAACAUUCUGUUCUGAAUUCAAGAAAAUCAAAUUCAUUAAACUUUCUAUUUUUUUUAUUUAUUGCUAUUAUGGUGUGAUGCAUUUUAUGUCCAGUAGUUUUGGUAAGAUGCCUAACAAUACAAUGUUGAUCUAAGUCUGGCACAAUGGCAUUAUGCCCCGAGUAAAUAAAUUUGUCAUGUGUACUGAAACAUGUAUUGAAUUAAUAAUGGUUGGAGACGGCUUGAAUGGGUAAUGAAGAAAAACUUUAAUAUAAGUUUAACACAACAGCAAGUGUACAAUGUUUCGACAAGGUUUUGUCAUCAUCAGGUACAAGUAAUUUACAC